AUGGGUCACCACCCUAGUCAUUACACAUAUGGGAGUUUACUGAAAGGACUAUGCCAAGGAGGACAUUUUGAAGAGGCUGUAAAAUUCUUGAGUAAACUCCAUUACAUCCCUUGCUGUGUGGAUGUUGUUGUCUACAACACAUUGCUGGCUGAGGCCUGUAAAUCAGGGAAUUUGCAAGUGGCAAUAAUCCUUUUGGAUGAGAUGAUCUCGAAUAACGUGCUCCCUGAUAGGUACACAUAUGCGAAUCUUCUUGCUGGAUUAUGUAGAAAGGGCAAGAUGGUUGCUGCAAUGCUACUGUUUGAAAAAGCAAUGGAAAGAUCAUUCUCUCCGAACCAUGUUAUGUAUACAUGCUUGAUCGAUGGGCUUUUCAAAGCAGGCCAGCCAAAGGCUGCUGCUUAUUUUUAUGAAGAGAUGCUAAAGAAAGGUAUCAACCCUGAUACAGUUGUAUUAAAUGCAAUUAUAGAUGGCUAUUCCAGAAUAGGGUGCAUAGAAAAGGUGAACAAUUACUUUUCUACGAUGAAAGGUGGAAGUUUAUGCCCUUGUUUGGCUACAUAUAAUAUUCUCCUACGUGGCUAUUCAAAACAACAGGAUAUACCAAGAUGCUUUGCAAUAUACAAUACCAUUAUUAGGAAAGGUUUUGUUCCGAAUGAAUUGACAUGCCAUUCUCUAAUUCAUGGGCUUUGCAAGUCAGGUGUGCUGGACAUUGCUGUGAAAAUUUUGAGAAACAUGGUUAUGGAAGGUACAGCGGUUGAUAAGCGUACUUUUGACAUGCUAAUCACCAAAUGCAGCAGCAAUGGUGAGAUGGGAAAGGCCUUUGAUCUCUUAAAUACUAUGAAUUCUCUUGGAAUUUUGCCCGAUGGAGACACUUACAGUUCCAUACUUAAAGGAAUUAACAGGACAUAUGACUUUCAAGUAUCUCUCACUUUUCUGCAUGAAAUGUUGGAGAAGGGUUUUAUACCUACUAAUAGGCAAUAUGUUACUUUAAUUACUGGUAUGUGCAGAGUGGGAGAUAUACAAGGAGCAUUCAAACUAAAAGAUGAAAUGGAGGCUCUCGGAAUUGGCUCCCGAAAUGUGGCUGACAGUGCUAUGAUUAGAGGGCUUGUGCGGUGUGGGAAAAUGGAAGAAGCAAUGCUGAUUCUUGAUUGCAUGCUUAGGGUGCAGCUUGUUCCAACUAUCGCCACUUUCACAACUCUGAUGCAUAAGUUCUGCAAAGAAUUUAACCUGAUGGAGGCUGUAAAACUAAAAAAUAUAAUGGAGUUUCAUGGUGUAAAUCUUGAUGUUGUUGCUUACAAUGUUCUCAUUACUGGCCUUUGUGCUAGUGGUGAUAUUGUACAUGCAUUUGAUCUAUAUGAGGAGAUAAAACAAAGGGACCUCUGCCCGAAUACCACCACGUUUACUGUUCUUACUGAUGCUCUCUUGACCAAGAACAAUAUUGUGAAGGGUGAAAUGCUUUUGAUGGAUUUACAAGACAGGGGAUUGAUAUCUCGAGAUCAAAGCACCCAAGAUUUGCACAAAGGUUUGAUGGUUGCUAGGGAGAAGUUAAAUUUAUUGAGGCACCAAAGGAUGAGAAAUAGAGCAAAAAAGGUUUGAAAGUGGGGUUAGAAUUUAUGGACAAGGACAGGACCAUUGUGGAGGCUUGCUAGCAAACGAGGUUGUGAUGGGAAUUUCUUUACCUAACCGAUUGGGAUGCAAUAUGAGCACGCCUCUUUAUGGAUUGGUGGGGAGCAGAUUUUAGGCUUUCAGCUGCUAAAGUUGGGAAGCCUUCCGACACUAAGUACAUCAAGAUUUAUGGUUUCCCCGCUGACUUUCACUAGUGCCAAUACGAGCCGUGAUAUGUGCCAUG